GUGAAAUAAUCCCGUUUUAAACCGUGAAAAUGUGUUCGGAAAUAUCGUAAAUCUCAACCCGAGCGUUUUUAGUUUGUGAUUCACAUGUAGGAACGGCCCGUGCUGCCGUGUAGAUUGGUAAGAAGGAGUUAUAGAAGCUGUGGGUAGAAUGUCCUCGACGACAGCUGGCAGCCUAGGCUCGAUGCUUCCGGCAAUGAUUUUGUCCAACGGGGGCAAACAACCGAAGCUCGAACCGGGUAAAUCGGGUGGCAUGGCUGGUAAAGCUACGGGUCCCACCAGCUCCGCUGGAUCGGCUGCAGCUGGACAGGCGAAACUGAUGCCGCCCGGUUCCGGCGACAAGCAUGAAUCGUGGCAGAUGGAGCUGCUCAUGGAGCGAUUGCGGAGCAAAGCAAAGUCGUCACAGUACAAAUCGUUCCAGGAGAUGUCCAAAUCCGUUCGGAUGUCUCUGCUGGAAAAACGUUAUGCCUUAGAUGCUGUGGAAAAAUCAAACUUGCAGAAGACGUUAGAUAGUAUGCAGUACUGUAUUAAAGUGACAUCUCGGCAGGGAUUGGUAGAACGUUUGGAUUGUCUGACCAGGCAACUCGGCCUAAAACUAAGCGAAGACACAUCAGGUCUUUUCAUAUCUUCAGAUAUGUUUUAUCUAGAAAUAAUACUUGACUGUAAUGGAAUGGUUCAGGAUGUGAAGGUACACCACGAGUGUAAGAUGAGGCAGCAAAGCUGCAGUGAGCUUGUGUCCUGUCUGCAACGAGGCGAUUUUGCCGAUUUCACAACGCAGCUUGAGGGUCUUGCUUCUAUAUAUCAGUUGAAUGCGGAGAAAAAGAUUAAGGUGAACGCCUUUGUUGCGCUGCAAGCGCUGGAAACCGACCUGUUCUGUCUGUACUCUCUGUCGAUGCCACAUUUUCCCGACAUUCAUACGUUAUUGUUGAAAUCACCGCUGGGAAUAGUGCAGAAACGACGCGGCGGACAUCCGAUGAAGCUGACCUAUUUUGUUGCGCCAUAUGAUUUGCUUGAUUUAGAGGGACGGACAAUGAAACCGCUGAACGUGGAGACGAUUUCCGCGGAGAAGGUCGGCCACAGCGUGGCGGUUAAUUUGGAAGCUUCGACUGCGAAUAAGCUGCAGAUUCAGCCGUUGCUCGUUCAGCAGGGUAACUCGCCCGUGUACAGCCCAAUCGAGAAGCACAAUUCCACCUCGCUGCCGGCUACGUUCGUACUGAGGCUAAACAAACCGAUGGCACUGAACGCGGCGGUGUUGAAGCAGAUUCGGUUGAUUACCGGGGACAGUGUGACGGCGAUUCCCAGCUUGACUUGCCUGAUCAGCUUGAUUAUCCAGCAUGCUUCGAAUGGGGUGGUGAACGAUGUUGCGAAAGGGUUGUUGGUGACACUGCCCGAUCAGUAUCAUUGCUAUUACAUGACGGUCAAUCGGAAUCUUCAGGGUUCGAUUGUAAGCAGUAUUCCGUUUACUGAACCGCAGCACGUGUCUAAGAUUCUGGUUUUGCUGCGCCAGCAAGCGCUCUUCAAUCAGCUGCUGACCAGUUGCAUUAGAAAUAAUGGAGCCAACAGUGCACGCAUCACCAGCGAUUACGAGAAUUUGCUGGUAUUUGAGGUGUCUGCGUUGUCGUGCCAAUACAUAACCGUUUCGCUGCAGCAUCCGUACGAGGAAUCCUUGGCCAUGGUCGAGUUUGAUUUGCGAGACAUGCUGGCGAUUCAAGUGCGCGUCUUCUGCAAUGGAUACGAAAGCGACGAGCGCAUUGCGGCACGGGUGGCGUUGAUUGUGCAGCGUACUAUGUCGAUUCCGGUGACACUGCGAGCACUGAUACGUAUUUGGGGAGACGAAUACGAGACGAAGUUUAAGGGAAAGCUGGGAUUGGCGGCUGCUAUUGGUGGUGUUGGUGGCGCAGGUGGUGGUAGUGGCGGUACUGGUGGUUCUGGAAGUGCCAACGGAAAUGGUAGCGCUAGUAUGGAUGAAGGAAAUUUUAGUUUGUCCCUGGGUCCCGAUGAAGGUGGUGGGAGUGGUCCCGGAGGCACCGGUGGAGGCAACAGCGGAACGGGUAUGAAUGGCAGUUUGAAUGGGGGAGGAAGUGGAAUGAUGCAUCAAGAGUUCUGCGAUGUCGGACGAGUGAAACUGGAACCGAUUGAUCAGCCGAAACGACCACGUACGGAGGAGGAUUUUUGUAGAAGCCCAAAGAGUAGGAAGGUAGAAGCAGUACCUGGAGAGGAAGACCUCGACGAACAGGACGAUGAUGAUGAUGAAUAUGACGAGUCCACGAAUUUAAGCAGUGGAGACUCGAACAACUCUUUGGGUGGAAAUCAAACGAACGUGGCACAUCAUCAGAAGACAUCAUCAUCGCCAAACGCCGACGAGACGACCGGUGAAGCACCCCCAAUGCUCGGACGGCUGGAUUUUUCCCAUCUAGAUCCGGAUUUGAUGCGAUCAUCGAACAGUUCCGAUUUGGACGAUAAUGAAGAGGUAGGUGACAGUAAAAUGAGACUAAUGGGUCCGUCCGUUGCGGAGGACAAGCACUCGUUCUCAUCGACAACGGUUAGCAUUACUCCGAUUGCUAUUGGCAAGCAGCAACCAAACAGCGCCGUAAAUUCCGUCCUAAACAACAUCGGUCUAGACAAACGACCGGGCAUCGAAAUCAUUCCGUUAGCAAAUACGGCCGCUGGCAUGUCCUCAUCGGUUACCAUUACUCCACUACCAGUCAAAAGCAGUACCAGUGAAAGGAAAUUCAACGAAAGUAGUCUACUUCGAAAGAGUAGCAGCAGCAGCAGCGAAUCAGAUCGCCUCAAGCUGGAAAAGAAAAAGAAACGCAAACACGAAGAGCAGCACCUGGUUCCGCUGCAGAUGGGACCGCCUCAUAAAAUACCUUCCAAGGGUACCGCCGACGGACCAGCGUCACCCUCCGGUGCAAGCAGUCGGAAAUUUUCCGUUUCACCAAUCCCUUCCAAGAGCAUCGGGGGCUCGGCAUCGCUGCUUCUUGCCAGUGGCAGUCCUAGCCAAACGGCCAAGUCCAGCCCGAAGCAUUCGCCCGGACACCACAGCAGUCCGAAGCACCAGGGCAGCUACGGGACGGCCUCACCUAAACAUAUCUCCGGUGGAGGAUCGGGUGGAGGCAAACCAAGCAUGUCUGCACUGAAAUCCGCUGCCAGUGGCGGGUCGCCCAGUUCCAAAACGUCUUCCGGAGAGGCUUCUCUGGGUGCCUCAUUAUCAUCCGGCUCGAGUGGAGUUAAGCUUAGCGGAAGUGCUGGAGGAUCUUCAAGUCAUCGUGAGCGAGACCGUGAUCGAGAUCGGGUCGAUAAAAAAGGUGCACCCCAUUCGAUGGCUGGAUCAAGCCCCAAGUUGAAAACACCGGCAAUCAAACUGAAGCAGCUAGAUUUAUCGAACUGCAACGCUCCGCUGAGCGCCGGUGUUCAGCUGGAACUUAUGAACAGCAACAGCAGCGGUGGAAGCAGCGCCGGCAGUGGAAGCAUAGAUUUUACCGACAGCGGAAUGUAUGCUGCCGGUGGUGCAACGGAUCUUUCGAAAAACGCUUCGUCGGCCGUUAGCUCCUCGGCUGCCGGGAUGUUUCUGCUACAACAGGCGAUGAAGAAUCGCAAUCUCAUUGCUGUGAUCGACAAACUUAAAUCGGCCCAAGGUGGCGACGAAAGCUCUCUGCUGCUGCUUCCGGAGCUGGUUCAGGCGGCAAAUUUUUCCUUGAAAGAAACAUCCGGUAAAUCCUCCUCCCCAUCAUCGUCAUCAUCAUCAUCAUCAUCGUCGUCGUCAUCAGCAGCAGCAGCGGCAAAAACAAACGCUGGCGGCGGUACUUCGGUUUCAAGCCUCUCAAGCUCCUCUACCUCAUCGGCUACACCUUCGAUACGGGCAAUAGCAAACGCGGCAGUGGAAGCGGCCGCCUUGGCUCAUCUAUCCGCGCUGCAACAAGGCAAGAGUUCCGAAUAUAUGGUAAAGCCAAGCUCCGAUGGCAUGAAGCUGACCAUUCAGAACAAAAAGGGCUCGAAAAGUCACAGCGGUUCGUACUCUUCCGGCAGCAGCAGCAGCAGCAGCAAAAGCAGCUCGAAAUCGGGCCUCAAACCGGGCGUUUCCAGUGGUCCCGUGUCGAAAAAGAUGCACAGCUCGCAGUCGUUUAGUGGAAACUUUCCUUCCGCGUCCUCGUCGUCGUCAUCGAGCGGGGUUGGCGGAUUUAGCAGCAGCAGCACUGGAAAAUCGUCCAAAGUGCAAUUUCAAAAAUCCAGCUCGUCCGGUUCGUUGUCGCUUUCCGGAAGUGGAAGUGCAAUGAAGUCAUCGUACGUCAAAUCAGGUUCUGGCAGUGGUAAGGACAAAGCUCGAAGCAGUUCGAAAUCGUCUUCAUCGCCAUUCAUGGCUGCAAAUGACGCAAUGGCUGCCCAUGCUGCCGUCAAUGCCACCGCGUUCAACAUGAUGAAAAUGUUCGGUAUGACUUCCUCCAUUCAAAAUAUGGAAGGAUUCGUCAAAACGCUAGACAAAAAGUUUCAGAUACCGAAACUAUCCGCCCGCUCUGCCGGUAGUAGUGGCAGCGAUAUGGACAAACUGAAAGAUUCCCGUCCAGCAUCGUCGUCAGCUCCGAACACACCACUGCCAAGCGUGUCCCAAUCGCCAACGGGCAGUCAGGAUUUUUCACUUCCCUUCAACAAACUGCCCGGCGAUGUCUCGCCGCUUCACUCGUCGAUGCUGCCAAACGUUAUGCAGAAAAUGUUUUCCGCGCACGAUAUGCUGCGACGAUCGCCAAUUCUCGAUCACCAAACGUCGAACAGCCGCGAUGGAUUCCCAUCGUACGGUCCGAAGGGAUCUUCCGGAGGUGGACGAACCACACCAACCACCACAAUCCCGCCACCGUUUCCCUCACCGGUCGGUAUCCAAAAUCACGCCAUGGAUUUCUCCAGCAGCAACGAUUCCGUAGAUGCCGGAAUGGGCAGCACCCUGAUGCGACCACCGUCUCGGCCUAGCAGUACCAUGUCGAACCACAGCUCGUCGCAGGAUAAGCUGAUCGAUGCCACCGUCAACAGUAAUUCCAUGGAUGGGCUGCCGGCGCCGGCAGCAGGAUCGUCCUCACAUGCACAAGCCUACGCCGCGGCAGCCGUCGCCGCCCAGCUAAUGAACAAAUUCGACAAUACUCAGCAGUUGGUGGCUGUUCUGAAAAACCACCACCUGGCAGCGGCAGCCGCGGCCGCAGCUGCUUCCGGUUCCGUCGGUCCGGGACCGGUCACCUCUCCUGCCUCGGUUUCGGUACAUAUUGUCAAAUCUCCGGCACCGAGUCCGUUGCCACUGCAUGGCGCCUCCAGCGGCGCCGGUGUCGUGGACGACGACCUGAUGGACGACGCACUGGUCGGGAUCGGCGGUAAAUGACCGCCAUUGCUGCUAGCGGGGUACUGUAAAUAGUGAGAUUAUGAACGAAUGUUAUCACAGGAUCAGGAUUCCGAAAAUGGACGCCAUGGGUUGAGCUAUUAUUUCAUUUUCAUCGACAGCAUACUAAUCAGCAAGCUAUAAGAAUCGUUUUUUUUUAGUUCACGGUAAGACACAUAGCAAAAACAAAGUUUUCUAUUUUUAAAUUGAACUAGAAAUUAGAGUGUUGUUGGUUCCUGCCAUUCGAACGUAAAUGGUAAAAAUUUUGAUUGCAAACGAAUAGGUACCAGAAAGAGUAACUAUAAAGAUUUUGAUUAAGUGGGUUAUUCAAUACCAAUAAACACAGCUAUAUCGUAUUUCGUCGAAGGCUUAUGAUACUGGGCUCGACCUAUUCGAAGUUGGAAGCAUUUCUCUCGAAGUAAUCGGUAUUAACAACUUCGUCAAUUCAACUUUAUUAUUUGCAAAUGUUUAAAUUUCAAUUUUUAUUCAACCAACCAUAGCCUUGUAGAACACUUUCGA